AUGUCUGUCGAAGAUAUACGAAAAGCCUUGGCACUCUCAGUAGAAGAAAUUAUAGAUCCAGUUGAAAAAGCAAGAGCACGUCGGGAGCUUGAAGAACGCAAUAGAGCGCUCGAUCUGGCAAUGCAAGAAGCUGAAGAAGAGCAAGCAUUAUAUAAUCGUCCGCGUCCUGUUUCCUUACAAAAGAACUUCGAUUUUGAUAAUAAACAAGAAGAUUCCACCUCCGCCUCUUCCUCUGUAUCAAACAAUAGCAGUGUUGGUUUAGGAGGUUUAUCAAGCUUUUUAGUCGAAAGAAAGGAAAUGGAGAGAGAAAGACUGGAACGUGCAGAAAAGCGACGCGCUAAUUCUUCUUUGGUCCCUACUUUCGAUAAAAAAACUAAAAUCGUGAAUGGGCAAAUCGUUCAAGUUUCAGAUAAUGCUUUAAAAUAUGCAAACGGUGUCUUGAAGUUGACUUAUAUACCUGAUUUCCGAGGAGAUUAUGUCAAAUUUGAAGAUCUUAUUGAAAAGUCUAAAUUAAAACGCGCUUUUCUAUCGUGCUUUGUUGUGAGUCUUGAUUGGGUGCAACAAAACUUUCCGAGUCAAGCAAAUAUAGUAUUGGCGAAGCAACGCGAUUACAGUGAACAAAAGCCUGGUGUGUAUAAAACCAAAUUCGACAAUAUCAUACUUGUGAAUCCACCGAUGCUUAAUUCAGACUUUGGAUGUUUCCACGCGAAACUCAUGUUACUCUACUACGAUAACUGGAUGCGAGUCGUGAUAACAUCCGCGAAUUUAAUCCCAAUGGAUUGGGAACAAAUGGAAAACGUUGUUUUCGUCCAAGAUUUUCCGCUUCUUGACACGCCUGCGUCCGAUAUUUCUCAACAACCCGAAUUCGCGCAAGAUUUAUCAGCAUUUGUAUUGGCGAUGCGUGAGAAAGGUGCGCAGGAUAGAGUGUUGAUUCAAGUCACGGAUAAACUUCGUCAUUAUGAUUUUAGUAAAGCGAAGGCAAAAAUUGUUGGUUCUGUGUCUGGGCUACACCAAGGAUUUGGAGAAAUGAAAAAACAUGGACAUGUGAAAUUAGGUCAAGUCGUUAAAGAGUUAUGCGGAGAAAUGGAAAAUGUAGAAAUUGAGUGUCAGACUUCCUCACUCGGUGGACUGACUCGUAGUUUUCUGGAAGAAUUUUAUCGUUCAGCACGAGGCAUGGAUCCACUAACAGGUCCCGCUCCCAGACGUCGUAUCACAAAGAAAGACAAAGAAAGUGGAAUUGUACAGGAGCCGUCGCUGCCUCCAAUAUCUAUUGUGUUUCCUACAGAAUCAACCAUCAGAGAGUCAAAAGAUGGACCUGCGGGCGCGUCAACGAUAUGCUUUUCACGAAAGCAUUAUAAUAAAGACACGUUUCCAAAGAGCCUAUUAAAAGAUUGCAUAUCUGAACGAAGUAGGACGUUGAUGCAUUCAAAGUUUAUACUUGCACGUAAAAUCCAAAAAGACGAUAACGAUCAAAACCUCGCAGCUAAAAAUGAAGAAAGAGAUAGUGAAGAUGUAGCAAAUGAUAAAGUUGGCUGCGUUACUUUUAAUAGAAGCCACAAUUUCACUGAAUCAGCAUGGGGAAAAAUAACAAAUUCACGAACUACCGGACAACAACAACUAAGAAUAAUUAAUUGGGAAUUGGGUGUCGUGUUUCCAUUGUUUAAUAACAUGCAUACUUUAGUAGAAUUCAACAAGUCUGGACGAUAUAAUCUGGACGAUUGGUUCGUUCAACAUGGAGUACCUGUUCCUUAUCAACGCCCCCCUAGUAAAUAUUCGACAACUGAUGUUCCUUGGACAGCACUUGCCUACGUGCGAGCGUGGCACUUAGUAGAUGCGCGAGACAGAAUACUCGGAAGAAUGUCGACAAAUAUCGCGAUUACUUUAAUGGGGAAGCAUAAACCGAUAUUUGAUCCUGCUUCUGAUUGUGGAGACUACGUGGUCGUAGUAAACGCCAAAGAAAUAAAAGUGACAGGACGCAAAGCCGAACAAAAAUUGUAUCGACAUCAUACUGGGUAUCCGGGUGGUCUUAAAGAGAUUCCAUAUAAACGAAUGAUGGAGACUAAACCGACAGAGAUUAUUCGGAAAGCUGUCUCUGGAAUGCUACCAAAGAACCGACUACGUAACGUUCGAUUAGGUCGAUUGUUCAUUUUUACAGACGAUCAGCAUCCUUAUGAAGGAAAUAUCAUUAAAUUUUAUGAUGAAGCUUUGACAAGUAGUCUAUUUAAUGCGCCUAAAUUUCAGGACAUGAAGAACAAUAAACCUAAUAAGCGUAAUAAUACUAGCAGUAAUCUUACUAGCAGUAGUAAGAGUAAUAUUACCAGCAGUAAUCUUACUAGCAGUAGUAAGAGUAAUAUUACCAGCAGUAAUAAUAGUGUUAGUAAUACUAACAGUAAUAUUACCAGCGGUAAUAAUAGACGCGAGGAGGAGGAAUAG